AAGGAAUCCGAAUGGAGUUUUUCCUCGUCGCUUGAAGCCAAAUGCGAAGCUGCUGCGGUGGCGCAAGGGAAGGAUUCUUCAGGAGCUCUGUUCAAUGGUGGACACUUCAAUGUAACAGAAGAUUUCAACCAAAUUCGGAUACCGAUUACCACUGCCAUCACUCAUGCCAGGGAACUGUGCUCUCGUAGAAAGGACGAAACAGGUGCACCGGGAAUGACGAUCGCUGUCAGCGUCGAUGGGGAAGUCGUGUACACGGAAGGGUUCGGUUAUGCGGACUUGGAACAGCGGGUUAAAUGUGUUCCGGACACUGUAAUGCGAAUCGCGAGCAUAAGCAAAAGCAUGACGAUGGCCAUGGCUGCUAAACUAAUGGAAGAAGGGAAAUUGGAUCUUGACAAACCUGUUCAGGAUUACGUGAAAUAUUUCCCGGAGAAAUCUAUCGACGGGGAAAAGGUUGUCAUUACUACCAGACACCUCGUGUCCCAUCUUGGAGGAAUUCGCCAUUACGAGAAGAAAAAAUUCGAUGAAUCUAACGAGGAAACGUCUGGGAAUAAGCGGUCCGUCGGCACGAACACGAAAGUUGCUGACGAAUUCCAACUUCCCGAAUAUUACCUCAAGGAGAAUUUCAAAUCUGUCGAACAGUCCGUGAAACUUUUCAAAGAUGACGAGCUUAUGCACAAGCCAGGAGGUGGAUUUCUGUCGUCGGCGGGAGACCUGGUGAAAUUCGGCAACUCAAUGCUCUACUGCUAUCAAACGCCUGAUCAGCUUUUUGGAAAAAUUACCAGUGGCCGGAAGGGAUUUCUGAAGCAGUCGACAGUGAAGUCGUUGUGGGGGCCAGUAGAACGGACAAAGGCCAGCUGGGACAAGGACGCCUCCUACGGCAUGGGCUGGGGCGUGGUGCAGAAUCAGGAGACCCACAGGUUCGGCAACUCUAGACGCCAAUACUUCUCGCAUACCGGAGGCGCCAUUGGUGCGAGCAGCGUCUUGCUCAUUUUGCCUGACUACGACAUACCCGACUUGAAGACAGGUAGCAAUAAAGUGGAGUUCGAAAGAGCCCCGAGAGGCGUGGUGGUUGCAAUUCUCGUUAAUACUCAGAAUGUUGGGCUCAAUGGAAUAGCCAACGAAAUCGCGAGGGUCUUUUGUGGCCGGAAGGGAUUUCUGAAGCAGUCGACAGUGAAGUCGUUGUGGGGGCCAGUAGAACGGACAAAGGCCAGCUGGGACAAGGACGCCUCCUACGGCAUGGGCUGGGGCGUGGUGCAGAACCAGGAGACCCACAGGUUCGGCAACUCUAGACGCCAAUACUUUUCGCACACCGGAGGCGCCAUUGGUGCGAGCAGCGUCUUGCUCAUUUUGCCUGACUACGACGUACCCGACUUGAAGACAGGUAGCAAUAAAGUGGAGUUCGAAAGAGCCCCGAGAGGCGUGGUGGUUGCAAUAACACCGGAGGCGCCAUUGGUGCGAGCAGCGUCUUGCUCAUUUUGCCUGACUACGACAUACCCGACUUGA